UUCCCUAAUUUUCAGUUGAAAAUCCAACUAACAUUUCACCUAUUCAUCCCCUUUAUCUCUUCUUCUCCUCUCUCUGUUUCUCCUCCAAUAGGAUCCUAUUCCACCCUUCACCGCCGUUAACCAACAACAACAGUGUUUAAUCUCUCUUCUUUCAGACAAACAUAGGCAACAAAAGUGUGUUCGAGACUGAAAGGAGAUGUGGGUUCUGUCUUCUUCUUCUUUUUAAUCAGGAAUUUAUGCGGAGAGAUAGUAACAGUAAACCUGGGAAAGUCAGGGGAGCAUCUGUUGGAAGGGAUAUUUGAUUGUAUCCAUGAAAUCUCAGAGGCUCUGGCUUUUUCUAGGAUGAGCGAAUCGGCUUAUAGAGUCGAAACCACUGCUCGGCUUGCUCAAUGGCGGAUCGACAACCUUGCCUCUUUCACAUACCGCAAAUCCGAUCCCUUCAAGAUCGGCAAUUGGAAAUGGCAUUUAUCUGUGGAGAAAAACAAGGUAUUGUAUGUUAGAUUAUACCCAGAGAUUUCGAAUCUGACCAGAGAUAACCCUCCGAUUGCCUCCUUCGUUGUCCGAGUUGUCGGCUCAGCCGGCGAUCGGAAGGCUUCAACUCAUCCGGGAAUAAUAGACAAACAGCUUAAGAACAACGACGAUUUUGUGUGGCCGAUUGAGGUUCCUUUAACUGGGAAAUUAAUCAUCGACGUUGAAUUUCUUGAUCUAAAGACUGCAUCUCCAAACGGUGGUGAACCUUGCUCCAUUUGGGCUGAAGGGUUCACAACAAAACAAUCGAACGAAACAGCUUUAGCAUGCCUCGGCCGGAUGUUAACAGAAGGGAUCAACACCGACAUCAUCAUCAAUCUUUCCGACGGAAGCAUCGGAGCUCACCGAGCUGUUCUAGCCUCGAGAUCACCCGUUUUCCGCAGCAUGUUUUCACAUAACCUGCAAGAGAAAGAACUCUCGACCAUCAACAUAUCCGACAUGCCGAUGGAAGUCUGCAGGGCUUUCCUAAGGUACAUUUACGGUAACAUCAAACACGAAGAAUUCCGGAUUCACCGGUUGGCACUUCUCCAGGCAGCCGACAAGUACGACAUCCUGGACUUGAAAGAAGUGUGCCACGAGAGUCUAACGGAAGAUAUCGACGCCAAGAAUGUGCUGGAGAGGCUCCAAAAUGCGAACCUGUACCAGUUGCAUAAACUGAAGUCGAGUUGCAUGCGGUAUCUAGUGAAAUUCGGUAAAAUAUACGAUAUUCGAGACGAUAUGAAUGCUUUCCUGCAAUGUGCAGAUAGGGAGCUGAUAGCUGAUAUAUUUAAUGAAGUUUUAAAUACUUGGAAAGGGUUCUAAGAUUUCACCAUUGUUGAAAGAACAAGCAAUGAGUUGUACACAGAUUCUUUCGCUAAGA